CAAGCCCAUUAGAGCCCAAAAAUCCAAACAGGCUUUUUUUUUCUUUCCUUUUAAAUAAAAUCUUUGGCGAAACCCUAAUUUCUUCCUCCCUAUCUCUUCCUCUUUUUGCAGAGAACUCUUCAGCUUCACUUUUCGUCAACGAAAUCAAAUGAUUAUCCCAGAGAAAAACAGGAGAGAGAUCUCCAAGUACCUCUUCCAAGAGGGAGUAUGCUUUGCUAAGAAGGACUACAACUUGGCGAAACAUCCUAACAUUGAUGUGCCGAACCUACAAGUGAUUAAGCUGAUGCAGAGCUUUAAGUCAAAGGAGUAUGUGCGCGAGACCUUUGCUUGGAUGCACUACUACUGGUAUCUUACCAAUGAUGGCAUUGAGUUCCUCAGGACUUACCUCAAUCUUCCUUCUGAAAUUGUCCCUGCCACAUUGAAGAAGUCUGCCAAGCCCCUUGGUCGUCCCAUGGGUGGACCUCCAGGCGAUAGGCCCCGUGGACCACCAAGGUUUGAGGGUGAUAGGCCAAGGUUUGGUGAUAGGGAUGGUUAUCGUGCUGGUCCAAGAGGUCCACCUGGUGAAUUUGGAGGCGAGAAGGGUGGAGCUCCAGCUGACUACCAGCCCGCAUUUAGGGGUGGUGGUGGAAGACCUGGAUUUGGUCGUGGAGCCGGAGGUUUCGGUGGUGCACCCCCUAGUUCAAGCUCCUAGGUUUCUAUUGUUUUAUUUAUCCAAAUUUUGAUCAUUAAAUGUUGGACUCAACUUGACUAUUAUUCUCUCCUUUAAAACACUCUGCCAUGCAGGCAAUUUCAAUCCAUCUUAUAUCUUUAAUGAACUACUAUAAGAUUCACAUAUUCUGGUCAUUGUUUUAUGGUCCAAACAAAACACUUGCAAUUUGUUUCA